ACGAUGAAGAAGCUCGUGUGCCUUCUGCUCUUCCUUAUCUGGACUCUUGCUUGUUUCCUGCGCGCAGCAGUAGCUCAGACCAGCGAAACCGUGCCGGUGAAAGUAGGAAUCGUACUUGAUCUUUCGUCUUCCACGGCGAAGAUGGGGCUGACCUGCAUCAACAUGUCCCUCUCUGAGUUCUACGCCUCUCAUUCUCAUUACAAAACUAGGCUCGCUUUCUUCGUCAGGGACUCCUCGAGAGACGUCGUUACUGCUGCUGCUCGAGCUAUCGAUCUCAUCAAAACAGAACUAGUGCAAGCCAUAAUAGGACCAUCGACAUCAAUGGAGGCCAACUUUGUGAUCAGUCUUGGAGCGGAAGCCCAUGUGCCCAUCGUAACCUUCUCGGCAACGAGUACUUCUCUUGCUUCUCUGGGGAGCCCAUACUUCUUUCAGAUUGCACACAACGAUUCGGCUCAAGUAAAUGCAAUUAGCUCAAUCGUGCAAGCUUUUCGGUGGAAAGAGGCAGUGCCCAUUUACGUGGACAACGGUUAUGGACAGGGGGUCGUGCCCUUCUUAAUUAAUUCUCUUCAACAAGCUUAUGUUCGAAUCCCAUAUCAGAGUGCCAUUUCACCUUCAGCCACGGACGAAGAGAUGAAAACAGAGCUCAAAAAGUUGAUGACCAAGCAAACCAGAGUGUUUGUCGUGCAUAUGCCCACCAAUAUUGGCACUCGUCUCUUCCCCAUAGCAAAACAGAUCGGUAUGAUGAGCAGAGGCUAUGUUUGGAUAAUAACCGAUGGUUUGGGCAAUGCGUUGAAUUCCUUCGAUUCCUCAGUCAUAGAAUCAAUGCAGGGAGUAUUGGGUGUGAAGAGUUAUGUUCCUAAAACGAAAAAACUCGAUGAUUUUAAAGUCAGAUGGAAAAGAAGGUUCGCACAAGACAAUCCAACCCUUGCGAGCACAAAUCUGAACGCGUUUGGGUUAUGGGCUUAUGAUGCAACCACAGCUUUAGCCAUGGCUGUUGAGCAGGUCGGCACCCGCAAUCUUGGGUUCGAUGCGAGUAAUGAUUCGGGAAAUUCUUAUGAUCUUGAAAGUCUGGGAGUUUCACGAAAUGGGGAAACGCUGCGUGAAGCCUUAUCCAGAAUCAGAUUUAGAGGCCUGAGUGGAGAGUUCAAAGUUGUUGAUGGACAAUUGCCAGCAUCAACGUUUGAGAUAGUAAACGUGGUUGCUAAUGGGCAAAGAACCAUAGGAUUUUGGACAUCACAAAAUGGACUUGUCCGAAAUCUCAAUUCUACAUCAAAGAAGGAUCUAGCAGCAGUAAUAUGGCCAGGGGAUACAAAAUCUAUUCCAAGGGGUUGGGAAAUCCCUAUAAAUGGAACAAAGUUGAGGGUAGGCGUACCAGUGAAAGCAGGUUACACGGAAUUUGUGAAGGCGACUUUUAAUCCAGCCACAAAUCAAACAGAAAUCACUGGAUUCUGCAUCGACGUGUUCAAGGCUGUGGUGCGUGCGUUACCGUAUGAACUGCCAUAUGAAUUCAUCCCAUUUCCUAAGAUGGAAGCUGUGAUUAGUACAACUCCAAUAUACAACGACCUCAUCACCCAAGUAUAUUUAGGGAACUUUGACGCGGCGGUGGGGGAUGUGACGAUCAUAGCAAACAGGUCCAACUAUGUGGAUUUCACUUUGCCGUACACUGAAUCUGGCGUAACAAUGAUAGUUCCGGUGAAAGACAAGAGGAAGAAGAAUGCGUGGGCCUUCUUAGGGCCAUUGACUUGGGAUCUUUGGGUGACAAUGGCUUGUUCCUUUGUAUUUAUUGGGUUCGUUGUGUGGGUGCUUGAACACCGAAUAAACGAACAUUUCAGAGGGCCUCCGUCGCACCAGAUUGGCACCAGCUUAUGGUUUUCUUUCUCGAUCAUGGUUUUUGCCCAUCGAGAGAGAGUGGUGAGCAACUUGAGUAGAUUUGUGGUGAUCAUAUGGAUAUUUGUAGUUUUGAUUCUGAUUCAAAGUUACACUGCGAGUUUGACGUCGCUCUUGACGGUUGAACAGCUUACCCCAACUGUGGAUGACGUGAAUCUACUCAUAAAGAAUAGACUGAAUGUUGGUUAUAUGGAAGGUUCUUUUGUGUAUGGAGUUUUGAAGGAUAUGGGUUUUCAAGAUUAUCAACUCAAAAUUUAUAAUUCCAUUGAAAGUUUCCAUAAAUUAUUUGAAAGGGGAGUUGAAAAUGGUGGAAUUGCUGCUGCGUUUGAUGAAAUUCCAUAUGUAAAACUCUUUCUUGGGAAUUAUUGCUCCAAGUAUACCAUGGCCGAUCCAACUUUUAAAACUGGGGGCUUUGGCUUUGUUUUCCCAAAAGAGUUUCCUCUUGUAGCUGACAUUUCUAGAGCAAUCUUGAACGUGACACAAGGGAAUAAAAUGAAAAGACUAGAGAGUGAAUGGUUCAAUGGAAAUAAUUGUCCAGAUUCCAAGGCCUUGGUUUCCUCAACUAGCCUUGGCCUUGAGAGCUUCUGGGGCUUAUUCCUCAUCGCAGGACUUGCUUCUAUAUUAGCACUCAUCAUCUUCGCGGUCACAUUCCUAUACCAAAAUAGAAAUAUUUGGUCACUCUAUAAUCCCGGCGCAUCAAUAUGGACGCGAAUAAAGAUGUUGGUAAGGAUUUUUGACCAAAGAGACGAGAGCUCUCACACUUUCAAGAGAAAGGAAGACAAGAGUGAAGCUGCUAGCACUCAUGGGCCAAGUGCAAUGGAGGCGUCUCCAACAUCACAGUGUCCCCCAAGUCCAUCAAGUGAAGCUGAAUCUGAUUUUUCCUUUAAUGGAGACGGUGCAGUGUGUUCUGAAGAGUUCAAUGAGGCUUAUCCAAAUAGCUUUCUGCCUCAAAACGUGGAGAUAACCGUCCGGCAUUGGAUACAGCCUACUUAACUAAGGUUGUUGUCUUUAACAUGACAGACAUUCUCGUAACUGUACAAUCAUCAAUGUAGCAAUCAUUAUCAUGCGGAUUCUGAGCAUCAUCUAGUUAGACAAUAUAUGUGUAAAUAUAUUCACAAGACCAUGGCA